AUGAGUGGAGCUGAGCUUCAACAAGUCGUACCUGCCAACAACGGUGAUGAGAACUGGAAAUCGGCUCUAAACCUGCCAGCCAAGGAUAGACGCUUCAAGACUGCUGAUGUGACUGACACCAAGGGAGUCGAGUUCGAGGACUUCUGCCUCGGCCGCGACCUGCUCAUGGGAAUCUUCGAGAAAGGAUGGGAGAAGCCGAGUCCAAUUCAGGAGGCUUCAAUCGGAGUUGCUCUUACUGGACAAGACAUUCUCGCCAGAGCUAAGAACGGAACCGGAAAGACUGGAGCUUACUGCAUCCCGGUCAUCGAGAAGAUCCAACCAGCUAUCAAGGCUAUCCAAGCUGUUGUCAUUGUCCCGACUCGUGAAUUGGCUCUCCAGACUUCUCAAAUUUGCGUCGAACUCUCUAAGCACAUUCAACUCAAGGUCAUGGUUACCACCGGAGGAACCGAUCUUCGUGACGAUAUCAUGCGUCUCAACGGAACCGUUCAUAUGGUAAUUGCCACACCAGGAAGAAUUCUCGAUCUGAUGGAGAAGGGAGUCGCCAAGAUGGACCAAUGCAAGACUCUUGUGCUCGAUGAAGCUGACAAACUUCUCAGCCAGGACUUCCAGGUAAAGAGCUAGUCGUUUAGUUCAUCAACAUAAGUUCCAUUUUUCAGGGAAUCCUUGACCGUCUUAUCCACUUCUUGCCAAAGGAGCGCCAGGUUAUGCUGUACUCUGCUACCUUCCCGCACACCGUCACUGCUUUCAUGCAGAAGCACAUGCACAAGCCAUACGAGAUCAAUCUUAUGGAGGAACUCACUCUUCUCGGAGUCACCCAGUACUACGCUUUUGUCCAGGAGAAACAGAAGGUCCACUGUUUGAACACGCUUUUCCGCAAGCUACAGAUCAACCAGUCAAUCAUCUUCUGCAACUCUACUCAACGUGUCGAGCUUCUCGCUAAGAAGAUCACCGAGAUCGGAUACUCCUGCUACUACAUCCAUUCCAAGAUGGCGCAAAACCACAGAAACCGUGUGUUCCAUGACUUCCGCCAAGGAAACUGCAGAAACUUGGUCUGCUCUGACUUGCUCACCCGUGGUAAGUCGUGGGGAUUUGAUGAGUGAUGCGCGAUGAGGACAGCAAACACAUACACACACUCCGAAUUAUUGUGAGGAGAUAAUUAAGAACGGAUAUCUGAGCGCCUAUUAGCAUUCAAAAUUAGAUUAACUUCGGGAUGAUGUAAAGUGUCAGAAGAUAGAUUCGAAAUUUUAUUCUUCCAGGUAUCGAUAUCCAGGCUGUCAACGUUGUCAUCAACUUCGACUUCCCGAGAAACGCUGAGACUUACCUCCACAGAAUCGGUCGUUCUGGACGUUUCGGUCACCUUGGAGUUGCCAUAAACCUCAUCACUUACGAGGACCGCCACACUCUGCGUCGCAUCGAGCAGGAGCUCCGUACUCGCAUUGAGCCCAUCCCGAAGACGGUCGACCCGAAGCUGUACGUCGCUGACCAACAGCUUGUUGAUCCUGCUGACGAAACCACUGCCUAA